AUGAUCACACAUCCCAUAGAGAGACUGCACUUAAGAAAACAAGACUACUAUUGGUGCAAUACUGCACAGGGAUGGGAUUACUGCUCUCCAUCUGAAAACAGAGAUUACAAGAACAAGCAGUGUAGAGAAGACAGUCCAUGUGGGAAGCAGGGUGAAAAAUACAACUGGUGCUGGCUGAAGGAGGGAAGCUGGGGUUACUGUGGGCUUGUGGAACCAAAGAUGUUCCUCCACCGAUCUAAGUAUCAUUAUGUUUGCAUUGAUGAAUGCCAGUAUUAUGAGAGUGGUGAUUACUACUGGUGCCACACUGCCAAAGGCUGGGACUACUGCUCUCCAGUUGUGGAUGUAACCUAUAAAGGCAAGUCCUGUCGCUCAGACGACUCCUGUGGCUCACAUGAUUAUAGUUACAACUGGUGCUGGACCUCAGAGUCAGAAUAUGAUUACUGCGGACCCAUUGAAUCUGGAGAGUGCACUUACAUCCCCUCUAAACAUCGUAACAAGAGAGCCCCAGACAAGAAAAUAGUGAUAUGCAGGGAGAAGGACGAAACUAGCGGUAAAGAAAUCAUCUUUACUGCAGAGGAAGCUCCUGAAGAUAUUGCUAAGAGCAAGCAAUUGGAAAAGGACCUAGAAAACGUAAUCAGUUGCUGGAAAAAUAACUACCUGGUGGGACAGGCCCGCUCAAAACUAGCCAACUCUGGAAAUCUCCGUCAUGCUUUUGAAUAUGUUGCAUUAGAGUAUUACAUCUGUCUCACAGAGAGCAUCUUGCAUAUUUGUUUUUCUGAGUGA